AUGGCCGGAAAUUUUAGUUUACACUCUAUUCUGGAUGCUAAUAAGUUAACUGGUCCAAACUUCACGGAUAGGUAUAGGAAUGUAAAAAUUAUUUUACGUUCUGAAAAGAUAGCGUACGUCUUGGAUUCUCCUGUUCCUGUUGCCCCUGCUGAAGGGCAAGAUGGGCAUGACCAGUAUGACUGGGAAGCUCAUAGACAGCAUUUGGCGGACAAUGAACAGGCAGUAUAUAUAUUGCUUGCGUCUAUGUCUGUGGAGCUUCAGCGUCAGCAUGAGCAUAUGAAUGCUCCCUCCCUUAUCUUGCAUUUGCAGGAGCUUUAUGAUAAGCAAGGGAGGGCUGAGCGUUUUGAAACCUCCAAGGAGCUGUUUGGCUGCAAAAUGAUUGAGAGCACUGCGGUUGGACCGCACGUCCUCAAGAUGAUUGGGCUGAUAGAGAAACUUGCUUCUCUGGGUUUUAUCAUGGACCAUGAGUUAAGUAUUGACUUAGUCCUGCAGUCCUUGCCGUCUUCAUUUAAUGGUUUUGUGGUCAACUACCAUAUGAAUAAGGUGGAGACAACACUCCCAGAAUUAUUGAAUCUCCUGACCACUGCUGGGGGUGCUGUUAAGAAGAACAUAACCCAAGCUCUUCUGAUUGGCGGUUCUAAAAAGGCUAAGGGUAAGGGCAAGUCUGUAGAGACAGACAAGCUCAAGCCCAAGAGCAAGCCCAAAAAGAAGAAGGGCAAAGACAGGGGUAAAGGAAAAGGGAAGUCCAAGGACAAGGCUAAUGUUGUAUGA